UGCAUCUUCAGGGCAUCAAAACGGUUGGAGCUCUUAAAGCAUUAUAGAUUGAAACAUUUACACUCUGGUCAAGGCCGGUCACUACCCUGCUUGUACUCCGAUUGUCCUUGUUUGUUUAAAAGUUGGGGGGCCCUUCGUACACAUUUGUCUAGAGAUCAUACAGAAACAGAAGAGUUAGGGCAAAUUAAUUCAUUUUCAUGUCUUGUAUGUAAUUCAUGUAGUUUUCACACUGAGAGGCAGUUUUUUGAGCACCUUGGAGCUCAUCUGAAAAAGUUUGAAACUAUUCAUUGUGUUUUUAAGGGUUGUGACUACAGCACUAAUAUAUAUUCAACCUUUUUGUCACAUAAAAGUAGAAAGCACAAUCCUCACAGCCUUGAAGAUUUUAAACAUACUGUAUUUCAGACGUAUUCAAAUCAAAGAAUAGAGGUUGGUAGUUGCCUUUUAGAUGGAAGUGAUGUUCCCUCCGAUGAAGUGCUUGUGAGUGAGGGCGAAGACUUAGUUCAAGUCAUUGUUGAUAAGCUUGGGUCCUUAUUACUUAAAUUAGAUUGCAUUUUCAAUGUGCCUAAUAGGUGUAUAGAUGAGAUUGUAGAGGAGCUUCAAUUUAUUACUCGUUCAGCAUCCGCACCCAUUAUCAAAAACAUUGUCUGUAACACAUUACAAAGUCAUGACUGCAUUGUUGAAGAGUUAGUGAUCACAGAAUUGGUAGAUCGCAUUUGUCAGUUAAAUCCUAUCAGUGUAGCCUUUAGUGAGGAAGGUCCACUUGGCACAGCAUACAAGCGAAAUUGUUAUGUAAAGGAACGUUUCUCUGUUGUUGAACCAUUGGAAUAUAUUCUUGAUGCAAAAGCGGGAAAGUCAUUCCAAUAUAUACCAAUUUUGCAAAGCUUGUCGCAUGUUCUGAAAAAUAGUGACAUUCAGGAGAAGGUUUUGAAUAUUGCAAGGCAUUGUGAUUCUUCAAAUCAGUAUACUAGUUUCCGUGAUGGUUCCCACUUUAAAGAAAACACAUUUCUGUCUGGAGAGGAGUUAAGACUUUCACUUCUUCUCUACUGUGAUGAUUUUGAAAUAUGUAACCCUUUAGGAACCUCUCGUAAGAAGCACAAGGUGACAGGUGUCUACUGGGUGUUUGCUGAUAUUCCAUCAGUUUUGAGGUCUACAUUAUCAUCAAUUUACCUAGCCGUUUUGUGCAAGGCAGGUGACGUUAAGGAAUUUGGUUAUUCCAAAGUGCUAGAGCCAUUAUUGAGCGAUUUGAAAAGCUUUGAAGAAGAUGGUAUUUUUGUACCCUGUUCAGGGAAAAUCAUAAAGGGCACUGUAUUUUCUGUCAUUGCUGAUAACCUUGGUGCCCACUCAGUCGGGGGAUUUGUUGAAAGUUUUAGUGGGUCGUACAGUUGUAGGUUUUGUGUCGGACAACGAUCCCAGUUCCAGGAACUUGAAGUUAGGGCAGGAGCAUUCCCUAGUAGAACAAAACGGCAACAUCAGGUGGACAUUGAAGCAGCAUUGGCUAGUAACACCCAUAGUCACGGAGUAAAAAGACAGUGUGCAAUUACUCAAAAAUUAAAUCAUUUUCAUGUAACAACAGGUUACCCACCUGAUGCACUACAUGACUUACUUGAGGGUAUUGUACCUGUUGAAUUAGCUCUGUGCCUAGGUGUUUUGAUAAAGAAGAAAUAUUUUACUUUCGAAGAGCUCAACAGAAUCAUCAAAGAGUUCCCUUAUAAGUGGAAAGACUGUACAAAUUGUCCCCAAGGUAUACCACUAAGCUUUGCCUCCCGUAAAACCAUUGGUGGUAACGCAACUGAAAAUUGGUGCUUACUGAGACUGCUUCCAUUUAUGAUUGGCACCAAAGUACCAGAAGAGGAACAAGCCUGGCAGUUGUUGAUGACACUCAAAGAUGUUGUUGCCUUGGUUAUGUCACCUACCCACACAGAUGAAAGCAUUGGUCACCUAGAUAGCCUGAUUGCUGAGCAUAGACAUAGAUUUAGCAGUGUUUUUCCGCAAGAGAGACUGAUUCCGAAACACCAUUUUGUAGAGCAUUAUCCGCAGCUCAUUAAAGCAUUUGGUCCGCUAGUGUCCUUAUGGACGAUGAGAUUUGAAGCUAAGCAUAGCUUCUUUAAGAAGAUAGUGAGACAGACUAACUGCUUCCGUAAUGUUUUGAAGUCUAUGGCAAGAAAACACCAAUCCAUGAUCGCAUACCAUCUACAUGAUUCAAAUGUCAAAAAACCUUCCGUCUCUGUGUCUAAGAUGUCAAGAGUUCCAUUAGAGAUUGUAAAUGAGAAUAUACAAGAAUUCCUAUCACAGAAAUUCCCGGAAGAGACAGCUGUUCAUUUGACAAACCAGGCAGAAUUUCAGGGCACCAGUUACGGUGUUGGCAUGAUCUUGGUAUAUGGCUCCAAUGGUGGAUUGCCCGACUUUGCUGAAAUACUCCAAAUCAUCAUAGUUCGUGACCGCUUAGUGUUUGUGUUGAAGUUGCAAAAUGCAGGGUACCUUGAGCAUUUUAGAUGUUUCAAGUUGGAGUCCACAAGUAUAGUCAAAGUGAUUGAGCAGUCCCAACUUAUUGACACAUACCCAUUGGCUACGUAUGCAAUGCAAGGCGAUCGUAUGGUUUCUCUCAAACACCACAUCUGCUUGUCAAACUAGUUGUGCUUGCCCAUAGCUGACAUGUCUGCCCCAACUCAACUACGUGUUGUUAUAGAAGAAACUCAAGUUCACAAGUUAAUCCUACCAGGUGGAGUUCCCAGCACUGUAGAUGAACUUUUAGCAGCUGCACAGGAUCAUUUUCAACUCCAAGGGAGCUUUACUGUUAUGUACAUGGACAAAGAAUUUGAUAACCAAUUCUUCACUCUAACGUCAACAGAUUUGGUUAAGGACAAAGACACAAUCAAACUAGUUAGAACAGAAGAGUCUGUUAUUCUCACAUUGACUCCCAGCAACGAGUCAUUUGCUUCCUCUCCAGUGACUCCCAGCAACGAGUCAUUUGCUUCCUCUCCAGUGACUCCCAUCAACGUGUCAGUUGCUUCCUCUCCAGUGACUCCCAUCAAGGUGUCAGUUGCUUCCUCUCCAGUGGCACAGGAUCAGUCUUUCCAGGAUGACAGUUCUGCAGUUAGCUCAGCGGACACCAUCAUUUCACCACAGUCCCCAGAGUGUCGAUCAGAACCAUGGCCAACUAAUUUUGUCAUUCCCACCUUUUCAUAUGACGUGGAAAUGCUCCUUCAAGUAGGAAAUAAGGCUUAUGAAAGUAAUGGCUCACUCCUUAACAAUCCAAACUUGAGUUCGAGCAUACUGGACAAACUUGCUGACACCAUUUUCUGCUACACUGCUUAUCCCACUGGUCUUCAAAAACUGGCUGUUGUAGAAGCUCUGUUAAAAAAGCAUCCAUGCCUUAGGGAGCCUAAAACAUCAUUUUCAGGCAUCUAUGGGUGGCAGCAGCGUCUUACUUGGAAGGUGGCUAAUUACCGUAGCAAAAUGAAAAGGCGUGAAGUACCUUGUCCUGAGCUCGAUGUCAACUCCUUGAAAAGGAAAUCCCCGGGUGAGCGAAAUCCGGCAAAAAAUUGCAAGAGACCGAAGAAAGCAGAGGUUAACUACCUUCCUCCACAUCCAAGUGGAGAAACUAGCAACAGUCUGGAGAUGGAGAGACAGGAACUUCUCAAUGAGGUAAAGAAGAAGAAUAACAACAAGGUGAUUGAAGAAAAAAUGUCUAAAACAUUCUCCAUGCGAAGGCUUGAGGUUGUGAGUGGAACUCCAGCAGCGGCUGACUUCAGAGAACGAUGGCCUGCAUUGUUUUGUGAAGAUGGGAUAAAAGAGGAAUUCCGCAGAAUUACCACAAUUUCCCUGGAGCAGAGCUUCAUCUACAGACUUGACGCCUACACACCCAAGCUUCUAACCCUGAUGAAGGCCAAGGGGGGUGUAGUGGGGACCAAACUGAGGCCUUUUCUCUUUAAACUGAGUAAGAACCAAAGCAUUGAGAUGAGACGGGAAACUGUUAUCCGCAGCCUCAUUCUGUACCUCGGCGAGGAGGGAGAGCAUCUUUUUGAAGAUUGUCAGGAGGACCACUGCAGUGAUGCUACUGAACACGUCCUGAAGAUCUUGGUCGCCCAUGGUGCUUCUGAAGAGGAUCCAGUUGAUGUGUCCAUCAUUCUUGAAGGCACGGAAGUGUUGCAUGGAUGUGGAAACGUCGCUAAAGCCUGCACAUUAUUGAUGGGACUGAUCUAUGCCCUCAACCUUGCAUACCCCCAAACACUGCAUUACACUUUUGAGGUGUUUCAGAAACUUUUCCUGGAACUGGAUGGGAUGAAGCUGUCCCCAAAAGUACAAGCCUUAAAGUCAAAAUUGCUCUCUUAAACACACACACCACCACCCCUCCCCCCCCACACACACACACACACACGCACGCACGCAUUCAAGUACACACUCACACAUGCUCUCUAUCUUGCUUUCUCGCUCUCUCACUCACUCAACAUACACAGGUAAUACACAAACACACACACACACUAUUGCACAUUGAGUAGAGAACUUUGACCUGACCAACCAGUUGUUGGAAGUUGUUUCAGUUUCCCAUUUAUUUGUGUUAUGUUGUGAUUGCACUGUUGUAAAGCACCAAUCUUUACUUCAGAUUUGAGGAUUUGUCUGUUAAGAGCAAGAAAAUAUUGACACAACGAAUAUUGGGUAGGAGUGGCAUAUAUGUUAAUUUUACUUAUUGUUAAAAAAGAUUUGUUUGAGUUAUGUCUAUCAUCUAGCUCUGGCAGGUUAACAAGCCUUAAAGUCAGAAUUGCUCUCAAACACACAUUCAAGCACACACUCACACAUUCUCACAUACACAAGUGUUCACACCUGGUCACCAAACUAACCAUUUGGAAUCUUCC